CAAAGAUGUAAUUUACUCUUAUAGAUAUAGAUAUAUUGAAAUAUUUGUAUUUUGCGUCAAAUGGGCAAAGGCAAAAGAGAAGUUAAGUGAAGCACGUUGGUUAUUUUUCCUUGCUCACGCGACUUUCUGAUAUACACGCAAAAACUAACAUCCCCACCAAAUUGCCAGGACCUCCAAAAUCUCCAGAUUCUUGGUCAAUAACUUCCCAAAAUCUUAUCAGAAUGUACUUUUCCUUUUUCUUUAUUCCCUAAUCCAAUAUCUGCAAAACCCCAAUGGAUCGAUUCAUCUUCCAACCGAAUGCACUGGAAUACCUACAACAGCCACAACCUCCCAUCGAAGAAAUCUUAUCGUCUCCGAUCAUAUUAUCUGAUCGAAUCCUUCGUGCCGUCAAUGAGUCCAAAUCACACAAACUCGAUUGCAGCGACGCCGGUAAAAAGGUUCAUCAGCUGUCUGAGAUGCUCCGGUCAAUCGUUCGAUUUGCCAACUCCACUCCUUCCUUCUACGAAUCUCCAGUACGCCGCAUCUUUUCCGACAUUGCCAUAAACCUAAACAGUACGCUAACCUUAGUCCGGAGAUGCCGCCAUCGUAGUAUCUUCCGCCGCUUCGUUACCUUUGUUGGUAUUGCGGAUUUCCGGAAGCUAUUCAACCUUCUCGACAUGUCAAUCGGCGACAUGAAGUGGUUGCUCGGUAUAUUUGAUCGCGGUGGGGAAGUUGCACAUGAAUUAGCUUCAUUAGCCCAAGAUAGUAAUCGAAACAAGGAUAUCAUAGUAGAAGAAGGUGGCAUUUCGCCAUUGCUAAAGCUUUUAAAAGAGGAAUCAUCUCCUGACGCCCAAAUUGCAGGCGCCAUGGCACUUUUUAGCUUAGCUGAUAAUCAAAACAGGGCUAGGUUAAUUUUCAACGAACAUGGCGUCCCGAUUAUAGUACACGCUUUCCGAAAUUCCCGAAUAGGGGUUCAAAUUGAGAUUGCGAAACUGAUAGCAACAAUGGCAGAACAUGAUACGUUUUCACAAGAGGGUUUUGCAAGAGAAAAUCUGAUCGGAACACUUGUUACAUUAUUGUCAUUUGAUUUUAACAAUCAAACGAAGAAAAGAAGCAAAAACGUGACACCACAGUUGAUACUCGAGUUCAAGACUAACUGUUCUGGAGCACUAUGGAUGCUUGCAAAAGGCAGUGUCACAAACUGUAGGAAAAUAACAGAAGCUAAAGGGCUACUUUGCUUAGCUAAUCUUAUUGAGAAAGAAAAAGGAGAACUUCAGAUCAAUUGUUUGAUGGCUAUAAUGGAAAUCACAGCUUCAGCUGAGUACAAUCCUGAUCUUAGAAGAUCAGCCUUCAAGAGUAAUAAUAAUUCUCCAAUAGUGGAUCAACUUCUUAAACUGAUUAAUCAAUCAGAUAACCCUGUAAUCAAGAUUCCAGCCAUUAAGACAAUCGGUCAUCUGGCUAGGACUUUCCCUGCUAGACAAACUCAGGUGAUUGGUCCUUUGGUCAAACAACUCAGUAAUCGGAAUCCGGAUGUCGGAAUGGAAUCAGUGAUUGCGCUUGGGAAGUUCACAUGUCCAGAUAACUUUCUACAUUCAGAACACUCGAAGACUAUAUUUGAGUUUGAAGGAGUCCAACCACUUAUGAGAUUGUUAAGGGGGAGUGAAAGUGAGAAAACACAGUAUCAUGCUUUAGUCCUUCUUUGUCACCUUGCCAUGUAUGAUGGAAACAUUGAGCCAUUUGAACAAGCAAGACUUCUCACAACUCUACAAGGGGCAAAUAAGUCUUUUGCUUGUAAUUAUUCUGAGUUGCGUGAAUUGGUUGCUAAUGCUGGUUUUUUGCUUACUCAUAGACAAUCUUAUACACGUUGAUGAAAAGAUUAAGCUGGUAAAUACAUAGGCUAACACUGUAAUUAGGAAGAGAUUUUUUUUUUUUUUUUACUUCACUUGGGACCUAAACGUGAUUCUGGUUUGUGUUAGGGAUAAAUGCAAGAAAUAGCCAUGUACACUUUCAUAUAUUUUGUUUAGAUAGCAUCCUGCUUUAAUUUUUCUCUAUUAAUCACAUCAUUGUUAAAUUUUAUAUCUAUAACCAAUAAAUCUGUUGUUUAAAAGUUGUAGUAUAAUAAGAUCAUAAUUUAUAAAAGUCAACUAUUGGUAACAGCAGUGUUGCAACAGAAUGGCAAUCAUUAUAUAUAAAAAAAGUCAACCUGCCCAACUAUUUAAAGAAACCUAAAAUGAAAUCGAAGAUGAAUUGAAGAUGGCUAAGUUUCCUCCACACCUGGUAAUUCUGGUGUCUGUCUUUCUAUUAUUACUUCAUGCCACUUCAGGUAAUAAACUAGUUUAGUUUAAUGCUUAAUUAAUUAAUUUAUUUAUUUUUGUUUUGUUUUGUUUCACUACGAGCUAAUUAUAUUUAUACCAGUGUUAAACAAACAAAUAAUCGAUGUAAAAAAUAAUAAACAUUGGAAGAAGUUGUGAAGUAUGACUUCAGUUUUAUGUUUACGUAUCCAUUAUUUGUUCAAAAUUAUGUAUUUUGAUGAAUAAUGAUGUUUAAAACCAAUGGCUAAUUUGUUAUGUACAAUUAGACGAUGGUUACUCAUCCACUGAAAGAUCGAGGAAACUAAUUCAAGCUUGGGAGAAAGAGAUCAUAGUUUACAGAAGUCCAAGAAAGCUAAGAACAAGAUCAUCUCCACCACCACCAAAACCAAGCAAAACUCGAAGUUUCAAUAUAAAAAGCUUGUAAAAAAUCCCGUUUAUUUAUAUCCAUGAUGAGUAAAUUUAACAAUUCAAUAGAAUUAUAGAAAUCAUAAACAUUUUUAGCAAUAACCGUUCAUUAUGCACAUAUACUCCUAUUACAUAUUAACUGUUAGUGAAG